AUAUGCAUGGUCGGGCAAAACAUUGGGGUGGACUAGUAUGGGAUCCGGACUACAGGUGCAAUCUACGAUCCGUCACUACGGGCCUUUGGAUUUGCAAUGAGUGGCUCAGAUACAGGCAGGUACUUUUUCAGCCACGGUGGUGGUCCAUUUCUCAUUUACACCCUGCACAUAGUCCACUUUGAUGAAAUCCCCCCUUCAGCCAACUCUUCGUCAUCCUCCAUCCCGUCGGCGACGACUUGCUCUGUUCCCCAUCCAACUCUUCCCCAUCCUCACUAGGGUCCAUGAAAUCCCCUCCCGUCUCUAAUUCUGGGCGCCGAAACCCCCUUGUGUCGAUUGCGGCAGCCCUUCUCUAGCCAGCUCUUCCCUGUCCGCUAACCCUAACCAUGAAAUCCCCUCCCAACAUCAUUUACUGGUCUGACCCCUACUAGUGUCGAAGAGUACCUUGCGAGGGCGGUGGCGGCGCAACAUCUCCUGUUCAAUAUUCCAAGGAAGUCACGGGAUAGCAGAGAAGUGAAGGCAACAUUUUGUUGUUGCUGCUAGUAGUAAAACUGAGUACAACAUUGUUCUAAUAAAUGGAAGAAACAAGUGCGACCUCGCCCCCACCAGUCCUGGCAUGCCCGACCAAUCCAUGUAGUGUACUAGCAGCCAUCUCAGAAUCAGUCAAUAGUGUCCCAAUGACAGAAUUAAGUGAUGCUCACUCUGUUUCAGAGAUUAAUUCCAGUAUGCUUUAUUUUGAUGAAUUCUCUACACCCAAGAAGAGACAAUGCUUUUCUCUAGAUGGUUCAUUGUAUAAACCAGUGUGUGAUGAGGCACUUAAACCAACCAUAGGCAUGAAAUUUGAUGAUAUUGCUGCUGUGGAGGCAUUUUACAAGAAGUAUGCACAUCAUGUGGGAUUUGGUGUCCGCCUUAGGGCGCAAAGGUUGGUGAACAAUGUAAUUCAGUGGAAGCGUUUCUUAUGCUCAAGGGAGGGAUACCGAUCCUCAAAAGGUACUUGUACUGUUAAUUGCUUGGAUAAAAAUUCUUCAAAUAAAAGACGCAGGGUCAGAGUCACUAGGUGUGGAUGUGAAGCUCACAUUUAUGUCAAUCGGGACAAUUGCGGAAAAUACAAGAUAGCUUCAAUGACUGAACAUCACAAUCACGAACUAGUGUCUCCUAGCAAGCAACACUUGAUAAGAUCAAAUAGGAAAGUAAGUGACAAGGUGAAGUCAGUACUCUUUGAUUGCCACAAAGCUAGCAUCGGCCCAGCCCAAGCAUAUAGGCUACUUCAUGUUCGUGCAGGGAGGUUUCAAGAUGUUGGGUGCACCAAGAAAGACUUACAGAAUCACUAUUCUAUGUUCAAAAAUAAAAUCAAGAAUUGUGAUGCUCAAAUGCUAGUGGACCAAUUUGGGAGACUGAAGGAACUCAACCCUGGAUUUUUCUUUGACUACGAAGUCGAUGAAACUGGUACACUAUUGCGUUUGUUUUGGGCAGAUCCAACCAGCAGGAAAAAUUACAGUCAUUUCCAUGAUGUGUUGUCCUUUGAUUCCACAUACAGCACGAACCAAUACGACUAUAUUUUCGCGCCUUUCACUGGUAUCAACCAUCAUAUGCAGAGUGUGUUUCUAGGUGCUGGUUUCUUACUCAAUGAGACGGCCAAGGACUACGUCUGGUUAUGA